CAACCUAAACCUUUUGGAGAAGAACAAAAUAAAACCAGUCAGUAGAAUACCCGCUACAGUUUUGCCACAGUGUUCUUUCUUGGCAAUGAGAUAAAAGUUAGGCAAAAGAUUGGACAUCCAUUUAUUGCUUUUAUUCUGUCUCCUGGGCUUGUGUGUUUGCAUGUAUGGGAGUAUGCACACUUAGAAUUUUUAGGUUUUGUUCCAUGGACCAUCUUUGAUGUUUUAUGGAACUCAGGUGAUCCACACGAUGAUGAACCUUGUUCUACAGACCUGUGUCCGUACCUGAGUAGGGGAGCUCUAAAAAGUUCAGGUAACUAUGGUGGAGAUGUUUAGAUACACUGUAUAAUUGUAGUGGUGGCUGCAAAUAGAAUUAUUUGGUUUGGAAGAGAACUGGUAGCAUUCAGAAAUAAAAUGCCUUAAUUAUUGAAAGAUAAUGAAGACUGAGAAGCAAUGAAACAAGUGAAGAGGAAACAUUAACCUACUUGGAAUAUAGCUUGCCUGCCUUAAAAGGCAAAUAAAUUAUUCUCUGUUGCAGACUAUAUAGCUCCCUCUUUAAGAAAUGUUCCUUGCAAAACAAUCUUGCAUGAUGAAAACUAACACCACAUAACUACUGUCCAAGACCAAAGACUUGAUAACUAAGAAUGUGGAAAACUGUACGCGUGUCACAAGAUGGUGCUUGCCCAGGAGACUCCAUGCUUCAGAAUGUAAACUGCCCUCAUGUGAAGCUGGGGCGAGAAUUCCCCGGAGUAGCUUUCCGAGGUCACCUCUGCUCUCUUCCAAAACUGAUGGAGAUAACAAACUCUUCCCAUGCAAGUCAUGGCAACCAUAAAGAAAACAGUCCUUUCCUGAACAGUUCAGAAGCUGGCAAGGGAGGUGAUUACUAUGACAAAGAUCUGGCCUUGUUUGAGGAAGAACUUGAUAUACGACCAAAAGUGUCAUCUCUGCUUGGCAAGUUGGUCAACUACACAAAUCUUACCCAAGGUGUUAAGGAACAUGAAGAAGCAGAAAGUACUGAUGGCUCGAAGAAGAAAGUGUCAAAAUCACCCAGCAUGGGCACCCUGAUGGGGGUGUAUUUACCAUGCAUGCAGAAUAUCUUCGGGGUUAUUCUCUUCCUUCGGCUGACUUGGAUGGUAGGAAUGGCUGGAGUUCUUCAGUCCUUCCUGAUUGUAUUACUUUGCUGCUGUUGUACUAUGCUGACAACCAUAUCAAUGAGUGCUAUUGCCACAAAUGGUGUUGUUCCAGCUGGUGGCUCCUAUUUUAUGAUAUCCAGGUCAUUAGGCCCAGAGUUUGGUGGAGCUGUAGGGCUGUGCUUUUAUUUGGGAACAACAUUUGCAGGAGCAAUGUAUAUCCUUGGUGCCAUUGAGAUUUUAUUGACGUAUAUUGUGCCACAAGCAGCAAUUUUUCAUUCAUCCGGUGCCCAUGAUGCAUCCAGUGCUAUGCUAAACAACAUGAGGGUGUAUGGAACUCUAUUCCUCAUCCUGAUGGCGGUGGUGGUCUUCGUAGGCGUGAAAUAUGUUAACAAAUUUGCUUCCCUCUUCUUGGCCUGCGUAGUAAUAUCCAUACUGUCCAUUUAUGCUGGAGCUAUCAAGUCCAUCUUUGAUCCACCUGAGUUUCCGAUUUGCAUGUUGGGCAACAGGACUUUGUCGAGAGAUCAGUUUGAUGUUUGUGCCAAAACCAUAGUUAAGGAUAACAUUACUGUGCCCUCUAAGCUUUGGCAGCUCUUCUGCCAAAGUACAAACUUAACCACCGAGAACUGUGAUGAAUAUUUCCUAAUGAACAAUGUCUCUGAGAUAGCAGGGAUUCCAGGAGCUGCUAGUGGCAUUUUAAAAGACAACUUGUGGAGCAAUUAUUUGGAGAAAGGAGAGAUACUGGAGAAAGCACAUCACCCAUCUGUUGAUGUAGCAGGCCAGAAGAACAACCUUCAUCUAUACGUGCUUUCAGAUAUAGCGACUUCAUUCAUGGUGCUGGUUGGCAUCUUCUUCCCUUCAGUGACUGGUAUCAUGGCUGGUUCAAACAGAUCAGGGGACCUCAAAGAUGCACAGAAAUCCAUUCCCGUUGGAACAAUUCUCGCUAUUGUCACCACGUCGCUAGUCUACUUCAGUUGUGUAUUACUGUUUGGAGCCUGCAUAGAAGGUGUAGUCCUGAGAGAUAAGUACGGCGAGGCAGUGAACAAGAACUUAGUGGUGGGCACCCUUUCGUGGCCCUCGCCGUGGGUCAUUGUGAUAGGAUCCUUCUUCUCUACCUGCGGAGCAGGUUUACAGAGCCUUACCGGAGCCCCCCGGUUGCUGCAGGCGAUAGCAAAGGACAACAUCAUUCCUUUCCUCUGGGUUUUUGGUCAUGGAAAAGCGAAUGGUGAACCGACAUGGGCUCUUCUGUUAACAGCAUUAAUUGCCGAGCUGGGAAUCCUUAUUGCUUCACUUGACAUGGUGGCUCCAAUUCUCUCAAUGUUUUUCUUGAUGUGUUACCUCUUUGUUAAUCUAGCAUGUGCAGUACAAACACUUCUUAGAACUCCAAACUGGCGGCCCCGAUUUAAAUACUAUCACUGGGCCCUCUCAUUUUUAGGCAUGAGUAUCUGCCUGGCGCUGAUGUUCAUUUCAUCUUGGUAUUAUGCUUUGGUAGCUAUGCUUAUUGCAGGCAUGAUUUACAAGUACAUUGAAUACCAAGGUGCGGAGAAGGAAUGGGGUGAUGGUAUCCGAGGUCUUUCACUCAGCGCAGCAAGAUAUGCUUUACUCAGACUGGAGGAGGGCCCUCCACACACAAAGAACUGGAGGCCUCAGUUGCUGGUGCUUCUGAAACUUGAUGAAGAUUUGCAUGUAAAAUACCCUAGGUUGUUAACAUUUGCAUCUCAGCUGAAAGCUGGCAAAGGUUUGACUAUCAUAGGAUCAGUGAUCCAAGGGAAUUUCUUGGAAACUUACGGAGAAGCCCAGGCUGCUGAACAGACUAUUAAGAAUAUGAUGGACAUUGAGAAGGUGAAAGGAUUUUGUCAAGUAGUUGUAGCCAAUAAAGUUCGAGAAGGAAUUGCCCACUUGAUCCAGUCCUGUGGACUAGGUGGCAUGAAACAUAAUACUGUGGUUUUGGGAUGGCCGUAUGGCUGGAGACAAAGUGAAGAUCCAAGGUCGUGGAAGACGUUUAUAGGUACUGUUCGCUGCACAACUGCAGCCCAUCUGGCUCUGCUGGUUCCCAAAAACGUGUCUUUCUACCCCAGCAACCAUGAGCGUUACAAUGAAGGCAACAUUGAUGUGUGGUGGAUUGUGCAUGAUGGAGGCAUGUUGAUGUUGCUUCCUUUUCUUCUCAAACAGCACAAAGUUUGGAGAAAAUGCAAAAUGAGAAUUUUUACUGUAGCUCAGAUGGAUGAUAACAGCAUCCAGAUGAAGAAGGACUUGGCUACUUUCCUCUAUCAACUCCGAAUAGAGGCAGAGGUAGAAGUGGUAGAAAUGCACAAUAGUGAUAUCUCAGCAUAUACUUAUGAGAGAACUCUUAUGAUGGAGCAGAGAUCUCAGAUGCUGAGGCAAAUGAGGUUAAACAGAACCAGAGAACGUAAAAUAAAGUCUCUGAGUUCACCUUGUCAUUCAUGUGCCCUCUAGGCUCAGCUGGUAAAGGACAGACAUUCAAUAGCACGUCUGGAGAGCCUCUACUCAGACGAAGAAGAUGAGGGGGACCCAGUUCCUGAGAACAUCCAGAUGACCUGGACAAAAGAGAAAUGUGACGCUGAGAAGCGGAACCGAGGCAGUGCUGUGGGAAGCUUUAGAGAUCUCAUCAGCAUUAAGCCGAACCAGUCUAAUGUCCGAAGAAUGCACACAGCAGUGAAGCUAAAUGAAGUUAUUGUAAAUAGAUCCCAUGAUGCCAGACUUGUUCUCCUCAACAUGCCUGGUCCUCCAAAGAAUACUGAUGGUGAUGAAAACUACAUGGAGUUUCUUGAAGUCUUGACUGAGGGUCUGGAGAGAGUAUUACUUGUUAGAGGAGGUGGCCGAGAAGUCAUCACAAUUUACUCCUGAUUUAGUACAAGCUUCUAACACUGGUCUACAUUUACCUUCUUGGCGAUAACGGACAUUCCAGUUUUAAAUGGGAGAAGAAAAAAAGGUUUUUUGCCUAAUUUUCUCCUCAUCCAGUCCUAUUCAUUGUCUUUCCAUUUGCAACAUACAUAUCUUUUGGGAUUGCAGUAUUGUUAUGCCAUCCAGUUAGCAACAUAAGUUAAUUGUGAAGCUGCCACAUUAUUCAGUUUCUGCUUUGGUACUUCAGCAUUUGUGCAUGUAGUUUUAACACUAAACCUAUUUUUAGUCCGCACUGCUAUGUGCAGUAUUUUUAGUAACUGUAUGUAAAGUUAGGACAUGAAAGCCAGUUACUGUAAAAAGAUUUUAAAAGCUUUUUAUAUUAGGUUUGGGGGAUAGAAUUACAUUAUAUAGCAGCUAGUUUCUGCUGAAGUUCAGCUAUAAAGCAUUUUCUAAGAGCACACUAAAUUGUAAGAGAGGACUGAAAAAGCUUUGUCUUUCUGGGUUUAUUUCCAGAACUAAACUCUCAGUAUUGGAUAAGAAUUUAUACUUUUAAUAAAUUUAUUGAUAGAGAUUUAAAUAAAUUAUGUUGAUAGAGUUGAAAUUAUGUAUGUAGCUUGCUACAAAUUGUGUUGCUUCCGAGACUUGAGGUUCUGUGAGGCCAGAUCCCUAUUUAUUUUUGUAUUUAUUUGUCAGAAAUAUUGGAUACGCAGAUGCAGACUGUUUAGGAUAACAGAGAGCUCACAAUAAAUUCUGAAUCAUCAGUGGAUUGAAGGACCAGUCCUGUGCAGUUCUUCCAUGCUUUAAAUUUCUUGCAGACCAUCCAUCAAAGUACAUUGAGCAUGUUGGAGUCCCGUGUGUAGAGCCAGGUGCUAUGCUGCACGCACAGCGAUGGGAUUACACUUGCACAAGUACAGGGGACCUGCUGCUUCAUUGUAUGCUUUAUGCCCUUAGAGGAAAAAGAAGAAAAGAAGACCUAUAUUAACCAAUAAGUCUCUGGAGAUUUUAUCAAGCCCAUUGAGUUGUACUUUAUGUACAGAACAUUCGUAUUUUUUCAAUAAAAUGUUGCAUACACUUUGAAC